AUGGCUCUCGAGGGGAUUUUGGCACUGUCGACGGUUAUCCGUCUCAUCGGUGUUUACGUCGCAUACCAUAUUAUCCGGGCUUUAUAUAAUAUCUCCCCCUUCCAUCCGCUCAGCCAUAUUCCUGGCCCGAAACUUGCCGCUGCAACAUGGUUCUACGAGGCGUGGUUUGAUUUGAUUCUGGGUGGGAUGUAUACGAAUGAAAUUAAACGUAUGCAUGAGAUAUACGGUCCUGUUGUGCGCAUCAACCCCGAGGAACUCCAUUUCAACGAUAUAGCAUUCGUCGACGAGAUUUAUGCCGGAAAGGGCCGCAAGCGUGAUAAGCAACUUCAUUUUCUGGAGUUUGUUGCUGGACCGAUUCGGUUGUCGGCGUUUUCUACUGCGGGACAUGAUCUUCAUCGUAUUCGACGGAAUGCUGUGAAUAAGUUCUUCUCGAGGGCGUCGAUUGCUAGACUUGAGUCUUUGAUUAAAAAGCUCGCUAAUGAGUUGUGCGAUAAGAUUAUUCGUCUUGAAACAAACACCGGGAAACCAUUUGAUAUCACCGAGGCUUAUAGCUGUUUUACUGCCGAUGUGAUAUCCAGCUACUGUUUUGGCGAGUCAUUCGGGUUUUUGAAACAGAAAAAUUGGCAGCCGAAUUUCAGACAACCUCUGUACGGUGCUUUGAAAUCGACCUAUAUUUUCCGGUUCUUGCCGUUUAUGAAUGUUUUCAUUCACAUCGCACCGUUAUUCGCGGACUGGGUCACGGAGGAUUUGGGCGUCAUGUUGAAAGAGUCGAAUGAGAAAAUGCCUGCUCGCGUAAGAAAUUCCAAAAAGGAACGUGAGGCUGGUGUGAAACAAGAUCGUCCGAGUAUCUUCACUGCUCUUCUCGAUUCCUCGUUGCCGGAACAGGAGAAGACGGAUCUUCGGUUGGGUGGGGAGGGAUUUUCUAUGAUUGGGGCUGGAACUGAGACUACCGCUUGGACACUCUCUGUAACGACUGUGUACCUCUUAACUCAACCCGAAACUCUAGCCCGCCUAACAAAAGAACUCCAAGACGCAGACGCCCUAAACCUACCCUGGUUCGCACUCGAGAAACUCCCCUAUCUAAACGCAGUCGUCACUGAAGCCCUCCGUCUCUCAUACGGCGUGUCAGCAAGAUUACCCCGGAUCGCUACAAACGAGAACCUCCUCUACCGCGGCGAAUUCCAGGGUCGAGAGGUCGAAUAUGCGAUUCCUCCGGGUACACCCAUGGGCAUGUCCAAUGCAAUCAAUCACCACAACGAGGAAGUUUUCCCGGACUCACAUAAAUUCAGACCCGAGCGGUGGCUCGAUAUUGAGGAGUCUGAGAAGCAUCGGAUGGAGAAUAGUUUGACUUCGUUUUCGAGGGGAAGUAGACAGUGUCUUGGGAUGAACCUGGCGUACUGCAAUAUGUAUGUUGGGUUGGCGACUAUGACGCUUCGUCUUUUCCCGCGGAUGAAGCUUUAUGAGACGGAUGUGGAAGAUGUGAAAUACCAUCAUGACUUCUUGGCUCCUGCACCCAAGUCUGAUAGUAAGGGUGUCAGAGCUAUCAUGGUGUGA